AUGUCGAAAUUGGGUGCUGUUGGAAGGGGUUUAUGGGCGUUGACCGCUUUCCUCAUCAAUACUUCGCUCCGAGUCGGACUCAACGUUUCGUUGAUCGCCUCGGUGGCGAUGACAAUCUACGCUGUUUCCAAUUUCAGCAAAGAAGCCAUUCGAAAAAGGAAAGAGGUGCUCGAUUUGAUCUACUGGCGGGACCCAAAGAAGUCGGGAAUCGCGCUCGCCUUGACCCUCAUCGCGCUCUUCAUUCUUGCGAAAUACCCAAUCCUCUCCGUGGUCACCUACACUUCGUUGCUCGUUUUGGCCGGCACUCUUGGCUUCCGAAUUUUCAAAGCCGUUGAAGCGCAGAUCAAGAAAACCGAGCAAGCAAAUCCUUUCCAACCACUCCUCGACACCGAGCUCUCCCUACCACAAGAAAAAGUGCACGAGCAAGUGGACGUCCUCGUCGAGCAUGGACAACUCCUCGCCACGCAAACCCGACGACUUUUCUUAGUCGAAAGCAUCGUCGACUCGGUUAAGUUCGGUCUCUUUUUGUGGGCGCUCACCUACAUCUCGGCGUGGUUCUCCGGCUUCGGAUUGUUGAUCGUUUUUGUUCUCGGCGUUUUCUCAAUCCCAAAAUUCUAUGAAGUGUAUCAAGAGCCAAUCGAUCAACAUUUGAGCGUGAUCAAGGGACACAUCGAUAACGUCACCAAUAUUGUCGAGGAGAAGCUGCCAUUCUUGAAGCGCGCUCGUGUCGAGACCGAGAAAAAGGAGCAG